AUGCGGAUAUUGACCGACCUUCCUCCGGAACUCCUCAGCGCUAUCGUGGUCGAAACCGCCCGAAUUUGGCCGCAUUUACUAUGGGAAACACCUUCUACCUGCUUCAAACGGCUGGAAGAUGACUGCCUUGCAGCCAGAGGGCCCGAGGAACUGCACUACUGGAAGGACGCCCACGACCUUACCGACAAUCUUUGCGAAUACUGCACACACAGCAGACUGGGAUUCAUCGCACUGUCGCACGUCUCGCGCGCACUUCGCGCCGUGACCAUUGGAACCCCCCGGCUUUGGACUACCAUCAACGACUCACCACGACCAAGCCCAUGGAGAUCAUGGUUAUCUUCUCAUUCGCUCGAUCUAUUACACCCCGAAUCAACUAUAUUCUGGAUCGACACGUUCUUGUCGCGUAGCCGGGCCCUUCCUCUUCAGUACACCCAUCACAUUGAAUGGGACGACUAUGAGGAAAACGAGGAUUUUGGGCUUCACGAACUAUUCGACCAAGCGUUACCUCGGAUCCGUACGCUAUACCUCCAGAUCGAAGGGUGGCCUUCGCCUGACGCCAUCUCACCGGACAUUCUCGAUGGUGCCCAGUCGCUGCAAUCCCUCGUCUUGAGACGCGACCCCGUCUCGCCAUUCAAUCCCGUUUUUCUUCCGACCUCCGCAUUCCCGCAGGAGCUUGCACUUCUCAACUUCAUCCCGGAUGCGAUGCCAUGGCAUCACGACGCCGUGCGCAAUCUCACGAGCCUGAAGCUCGGCUUCGCCCCCGAUACCGAUGAGAUCAGCCGUGCCUCCUUCCUGGAAUUUUUGGAAGGGUUAUCGAUGCUUCGGGCCCUUGAGAGCCUCUUCCUAGUCGGAGUGCCAGACAUCCCCGACGCUCCCGAAGGAUUUACCAUCGAUCAUCGUACGAAUCCAGUCGACUGGCCCGCCCUCGGCAAUCUUUCAUUGAACGGCCAAUCACGCAGCAUCACUGCUUUCAUCCAAUGCAUAUGUGCACCCGCUGUACGCACGGUCGACAUCGUCUACUUCCAUUUCACCCUCGACGCUAAAGCUUCUUUCGAGAUGCUCGUACAAUGGGUUCCAGGACUCGCAUCCUCCAGUACACCUGAUGACAUAUUCCAUACAGCGAGCAUCACCCAUGACGAUUCCGACUAUUCGUUCACGCUGGGACUGUCCCGCUCAGUUGGGACCAGCGCAGGAGGGUUUGGCCCAUACACCUUCCGCAUCACGGCCGACUGGGCGGUGGAAGAUGGCGAGGAUCCGGUCGACUUAGCCGCGAUGGACGUGCUUGAGACUUUCGUCCCCACCCUCAUGGACUCUCUGGCCGCUCCACGAAUCCAAAGCCUCAUUCUCAAACUGGACGAAUGCACGACGCUGGGCCUACGACAAUGUUUGGCGCGCUUCGCCGUUGUCUCUGAGUUGAUCAUAAUGAAGUCGGCGGCGCGCGUCAUCGAGUCUAUGGCGGGGCAGCGUGGCUCUCGUACUGGAACUUCCAGGCUCUUCCCAGCAUUGGCAACGAUGAUUGUUUGGCCUUCAAGCGCGAAGCACAAGGCGUUGGACAAGGCCAUAGGGAAGAUGGUGAAUGCUCGUGCACGGCUUGGACAGACGAUUCGAUGGGAGGUCCGUGAAUGA